CAGCCUUUUCAACCUAGCCCACCAUUCACUAAAACCUAUCUUUCCCGCAAGGUAUGUACGCGUCCAAACACCUCGCGAGCUUUGCCUUAUCCGAAGUAGCGUCACCGACCCGUAUCCACGAAUCAGAAGUAUUGGGUGUUAUGUCGCGUCGCUAGCAUCGUGCUGACGAAAAGAUUCAGCUACUCAUCCGACUCGGAAAAAGAAACUCCGAUGCCUGACGCGAAGGCCUCUCCCAAACCCGCGUCUUCCCGCAAAACCACUGUUGCGACGACACCUGCAUCGCCUGGCAAAGUCCCGAAGAAAGUUGAAGUCCAUCUGCCUGGACCUGCACCAAGAACCGCUUCAGAGGCGAAAAAUGUAUCACCACUGACGAAGACCAAUCUCAAGGCCAUCCACGCUCGUUCCUCCUCUUCGAUCAGCUCCAUGAAGAAGAUUAUUGAUGAUGAGGCCAGUGCCUCUACGAAGAAACCCACCUCGACUGUCAGUCGCAAACGCAUGGCAACGCCCGAAACUGCCGACGAUAAUACUUCAAUUGCUGAAUCUUCCGUCAUGGGCGGAGGCUCAAUUCGACGAACUGAAGCAGAGCGAAUUGAAUACUUUAAGAACCAACCCGACUGCGCUGAGGUUGAACCCCACUCUGUAAAAUGCACACGUUGCAACAAAGUCGUGGCGCUCGGCCGCAAGCAGACCUACACUGUCAAACCAUGGGAGAACCACCGACGUAAAUGUGACCAGAAACUGGCGGCUGGCUCUGUGAUUGAUGAUACCGUCAGUGUCAGCGUCCGCAGUGAAAUGCGGUCCGAUAUUGGAGCAGGAUCUGGGCGUCGCACAACAGGCGAACAGCGUAAAGCAGAGCUCGAGGCCGACCCACGCGCCGAACGGGUCGACAUUGACCAGGUUUUGUGCCGUAAAUGUCAGAAAUGGGUUCGGCUGUCUACCAAGACUGCAUAUGCAUUAGCCAACUGGAAUAAACACCAAGAAAACUGUGGUGACGAAAUGGUUAGCAGCCGUGUUGCGAUGGCCAAACGCAAAAUCACACUUGUGAAUGAUUCGCAAGCCAAAAUCAAGAGCCCCCGUUUGGUCGAAUGCACGGUCUGCAGCACGGAUGUGGAGCUUGUUGGCGACCAUGACUACACUUUAACUAACUGGGAGCUUCACAAAACAACAUGCUCUCCCCCCUCAACAAGCAAGGUGAAGGCGAAGGCGAAGGAGAAUGCAGCGACAACAUCGAAGACCGCUUCUUCUCCGCGUUCGACCGUUUCAACUGCGACUGAAAGCACCAUAGUUGCUGAUGCUUCCACAAGCCGUGGUUUGAAGCGCCGCCUCGAGGAUGAUGAGUUGGAGGCAGACGAUCCAGACGCACGUCCUGUCAACAAACCGCGGAAAGAAAGCUAUACACCCGUUCAAAAAGAAGCGCCAGGCUUGUUUGGGUGGUUCCUCCUGCCCUUCAAAGCGUUCUUGACUGGUUUCCAAGAAAGCAUCAGGGAUGCACCUCCUUGA